AUGAACUGGAGAAAUCAUUCAGUAUUGAUGGAAUUCAUGUUCCUGGCUUAUCCUUCCUGCUCAGAAUUUCGUAUUCUGACCUUCAUUGGGGUCAGCCUGGUUUAUACAUUGAUCACCACUGGGAACGUACUCAUUAUGGUUUCCAUUAAAACAGAAGUCCGUCUACACAUGCCCAUGUACUAUUUCCUUGGCAGCCUCUCAGGCAUAGAAAUAUGCUACACUGCAGUGGUGGUGCCACAUAUCCUGGCCAACACCCUACAGUCAAACAAGACCAUAUCCUUCCUGGGGUGUGCCAUUCAGAUGGUUCUUUUCAUUGGACUUGGCAGUGCUGAUUGCUUACUCUUGGCCAUUAUGGCCUAUGAUCGCUAUGUUGCCAUUUGCCACCCCCUGAAGUACCCUCUCAUCAUGACUUUGACUCUUUGUUUCCGCUUGGUUGUGGCAUCAGUGAUCGUUGGCUUGUUCUUGUCCUUACAACUAGUGGUCUUCAUCUUCUCUCUGACUUUCUGCCCUGCUCAAGGUAUUGAGCACUUCUUUUGUGAUGUACCACCAGUGAUGCAUCUCAUUUGUGCCAACAGCCACAUCCAUGAGCUGUCAGUGCUGGUGGCAGCCACAUUAGCCAUCGCUGUGCCUUUCUUUUUCAUUGCCACCUCCUAUGCAUUCAUAGUGGCUGCUCUGCUCAAGAUCCACUCAGCAGCUGGCCGCAGCCGGGCCUUCUCCACCUGCUCCUCCCACCUCACUGUGGUGCUGCUGCAGUAUGGCUGCUGUGCCUUCAUGUACCUGCGCCCCAGCUCCAGCUACAACCCCAAGCAAGAUCGGUUUAUCUCAUUGGUGUACACACUGGUAACGCCACUGCUCAAUCCACUGAUCUACACCCUGAGGAACAAUGAGAUGAAAGGAGCUAUAAGGAGAGUCAUUUCCAGGAAUUACCUACCCCAGAACAGCUAG